UUGACAGUAGAGGAGUGCGGUAGCUAAGCUAACAGCUAGCAACAUACAUACAUGUGGAGGGUACGACAGGAGGCAACCCCAACGCUGUCAAAAUUCCCCUACCUGAACCGUAAACUACUCAGAACUUCAACCACAUCGAAACUAAGGAAUAACAGUAGUUUACAAUGAAAGGUAGCCGGAUCGAGCUGGGGGAUGUUACGCCCCACAACAUUAAACAGUUGAAACGCCUCAACCAGGUCAUCUUUCCCGUCAGCUACAAUGACAAGUUCUACAAGGACGUGCUCGAAGUGGGAGAGCUCGCCAAGCUAGCAUACUUCAAUGACAUUGCGGUGGGGGCAGUGUGCUGCAGAGUGGACCACUCUCAGAACCAGAAGAGACUAUAUAUCAUGACAUUGGGCUGCCUUGCGCCCUACCGUAGAUUAGGCAUAGGAACGAAGAUGCUGAACCAUGUGUUAAACAUCUGCGAGAAGGACGGCACCUUUGACAACAUUUACCUUCACGUGCAGAUCAGCAACGAGUCGGCCAUCGACUUCUACCAGAAGUUUGGCUUUGAGAUCAUCGAGACGAAAAAGAACUACUACAAGAGGAUAGAGCCGGCAGACGCCCACGUGCUUCAGAAGAGCCUGCGCAGCCCGUGUGCGCCCCCUGGGGGAGAGCUGCAGAAGGCCGAGUAGGGGUUGCAGCCUCCGGAAACAGCAUGGUCGUGCCCCACCUCCCCCCAGAAACAGAACUGUGACAGAUGCCCAUGGGUCGACACAUUCACCACUUUCUUCAAAGGACAUUAAAAAGAGAGAAACAAAUUCAAAGUUUAAAAAACAAUACAUGGCAUUUUUAUUUUGCAAUAAGAGUCCCAAUAAAAGAUUUUUAAAAACUAAACAAAGGGUUCAGAAUCCAAAAAGUGCUCAGAAAAGCUGCAGACUUCAGACAGUUUAGACAUGGUGGGGGGUUUCUGUGUUUGCAAAUCCUAAUUUUUGUGUUUGAGUUUUUAAAAGCGGUUAUAAAGGUAAGGGGACAUAUCUUUGGUGUUUGGACAAUAGAACUCAAUAGGAAAAAUAUUUUACAGUAAGAGACUAUCGUUGACAAAGGAAGUCCCCAACUGGUACCUUAGUGAUGCUUCGAGUCGUAAUGGUGACACAUUCAUAACUCUGAACUCUAGCCCAUCACCACCCGAGCCCAGGGACUUAUGGGAAGAGUUUUUACUGGUGGAUGAGACUUCCUGUUUCUUCUUCUGGCAAUAUGCGAAGUGUGAGCCUUGCGAUGUGAUGCAAUGCCCCCUCCUGACGUCAAAGCUUUGACGCCACUCCAGAGGGGGAAAGGAGAAAUGAGCACCCCCAUAGAAUGGGCACGAGGAAGGAUGAACAGUUUCAAGGUGUGGGGAGAUUUGGGGGAGUGGAUUCCCCUCUUUGUUUCUGAAUGGUUAUUUCUCAACCAAUCUAUUUAAUUCUCUCUUCAGCUCUUUUUUUAAAAUUAUUUUUAUGCCAACUGGCUCAGGGCUUCUCCUGGGCUUGCCACAGAUGCUGUGUGAGGGAGUUCAGGGUGUGAGAUCAAAGGAAAUAACUGGUCUCUUAAGAUGAGGAUGUUGACGUUUUUGUCAAAGUACAAAGAUGGAACAAGACAUCCAGUAGGGGUUGGAUGAGUAGCGGUCUGUGUAUUUACAAUAAUUGUGGCAGUAAUCUACUGUAUCUCCAUGCAGGUCUCUGUUUCAGGACUAGAGCAGUUCAACUGACUGGCUAAGAUGGAGAGCUCUCUGCCUUGGAGGAGUGCAUGAUUGAGUUUGUUGUGGAUGCUUCUGUUAAGAUUGGCACUUUAUAGUUAGCCUGUGUACUGUCUGGUACCGAGACUAAUCUUUAGUGGCCCUUUAGUAGGAGGUUGUAACCAAGCCAACUAGAUUUCUCCACACGCUGUAUCAGUAACCUUUGUGCAGCUUCACUUAUGACCAUGACCAUCUGUUCAACAUUGUGGGAAGGAUGCGUGUUGGUUUGGGAGUUUCCUCUGUCUGUAGGGCCCCUCAGAACAGAACCAGAAGCCCAGGAGAAACCCUGCCCCACUGCAUGCUGGGAGAGUAGACCCCUCUCCACUAGUAAAAGCAUGUUUUGUUUUCUUUGAAGAAUUUUAUCUUUUCUGGAGCUCUAUAUUGUAAGACUUUUUAACCUCCUAAAUAAAAUAAAUACUAUUUGCA